GUGGUGUAAGCCUAUAUGGUGCAAGCCCCGUGGUGCAAUCUCAGUAUUGCAAUACUUCCCCAUCUGUUCUCAUACUUUCUGGGUUUUUGUCUUCCCCCCAGUUCCCAUAUCUUCCUCCUGAGCGAUGGCCCUCGCCGAGGAAGAGUGCACCGUCCCCCGAGCGAUGCCGAGCGCCCGGGGGCUGCGCUCCUGCCGGGGCCCGCACGGCGGGCGGGCCGGCGGGCCUGAUGCUGCCCCCCAGCUUCUCCAGCUUGCUGUACUCCGCGACCGUCCGGGUGUUGUUGGGUCGGCGGCGCGCCCGGGGGGGGGAAGUCUGGUCUACUCUGUAAGAGCGAUUUUUUGAAGGCAGAUCUGCCUUCAAAAGACCAUUUUUUGAAGGCAGAUCUGCCUUCAGAAAACCGUUCUUACAGAGGAGGGGCGGGCCCUCGCAGGAGGCUCGGAGGUCCCCCAGCCCUCCGAGGAGCUUCUCCCGAGCCUUCCCCGAGGGCGCGGAAAGAGAGAGAAGCCCCGCCGCCCUCUUGAGGAGGCCUUCUCCUUCUCGUUUCCCCCCCUCGCUCGCCGCCGAGGUGGAGCGCAGGAAGGUGGCGUUCUGGACCGCGCGCACCACGGGCGCCAGGCUUGAGAACCUCUGGGUGAAGACGACGAGGGCCAGGAGCAGGCCCAGGAGGAUCCCCUCCAGCAGGCCGACGGUGGUCAUCACUGCGGCCAUGCAGGCCACUACAACAGAGGACGUCAAAGCCGUGGGAGUGCUGCAGCAGGAUGUCCACGCCGGUCUCUUUGAAGAAGCUCAGGCCGAGCCACCAGGCAACAGACCCGGGCAGGGUGCGGGGCAGGCGGGGCACGAUGCUCUGCGCGAGGAACAGCAUUGGCACAGUGCCCACGACCUUCACGAGCCCGACGGCCUUGGUGCGGCCCCCGAGCUUGAAGUUGGUGACCGACUGGCUGCACAGCGUGUAUGCACAGAGGAAGAAUCAGCUAUCUGGAUGCAUAUAACAUUUCGGAUCUCUGCGCGGGCUUCUCGGAUCUCUGCGCUGGGCCCCCCUGGCGGCGCCCCUGCCGCUUCCCCCGGCGCUCCGUGCGCGGGGGUGGCCCGGCACCGAUCCAAGGAGUCCGAGCGGAACUCCGGAAGUUCAUGCUCAUACCAUUUUUCUCCCUCGGAUGUAGGGAAGCCGCUUCCCAUCAGCACGCUGAGGAUGUUCCCGACGCCAACCGCCCUGAGCUCGUCGUCGAGAUUGAUCUCCGUCUCGGUCAGGAGCUCGAUGGCCUUCUGGUCCAUCAGGGUGCAGAGGACGUGCGUAAGCCAGAGGCCGCACAUCGCUGGAGCGUUGCGAAAGACAGUAAGCCACGAGACGCUCGGCAAGAAAUCACGGUAAGUAGCAAACCUAGAGGAACAACAAUUGCAUAUAGGAGCUCGACCACAAGAAACCUUCCACAAGAAAGUCGACCCUGAACCCCAGGACGUCCAGUGAUUUUUGGUGUGGGAACGUCACGCCUUCCACGGCAGAACGAACCAUCGAAACCCAAGAAACCCAGGGCACCCUGGAGGCAAGCAGGGCGUUUCUUGGCAUGGGAUCUCCACAGUAAACAUAUAUGUUCAGAGGUCCGCACGGAUUUCUUGGAUCUGCGCUGGACCCCCCUCCCUGGCGCGUGGAGCGCACCAGGGGGCGGCGCCGAAGGCAGAAGUCUGGGCGGAGCUCCGAAAGUGCUUGCUUACGUAUUUGACUACCUACCAGACCACCCCAGCCUAACCCGAGGCCCGAAGAUCAGCAUUUCGGG